GUGGAAACUACCUUUUAGUCAGUUUAGUAUUUGAAGUCUGGUAACAAAAUGUCUAUGAAAGUGUGGCUUUUAAAAAGUAUUGUUUUGGUGCAAUUAGCAACCGCUCUCAGAAUUCUGCCUCUGCCCAAUAAGUUGAAUGUAAACUCACAAGCACCAACUAUGCGUAGAAAUAAUUUUAUUGAAAGAAUGUUAGACUCUUUUAAUCAUAAUAAAAAUUCGUUACGGCCAUCUAGGCCAAAGAGCAACUAUGGCAUGCGAACAGCAAUCAGACAGCAAGAAGAGCCCUUGGACUCGCCCGUGGUCUCGCCCCGAAAGCUGGCAAAAGAGCAGGUUGAAGAAAAGGAACUAGAAAAAUUGGUACAGAGCAGCGGAUCUGAACUAUUGGCAAAACCGUACGUUGAAACAAGAGGAAGAAAUGAUUAUCUCGUUCUUCAAAGUAAGAGCUUGGAUCCUUACGUUACGGUGAUACCAAACAGCAUAUAUUAUGACGUAGAAAAAAAAUGUGUUAACUGGUUGGAUGCUUGUAGUCUAAAAGGCAUCAAAACGCACUUAUUACAAAGAGUUCAAGACCCAUCUCAACAAUGAU